AGUUUAAUGUGGAUUUGAAAUCCGGAUGUGAGAAAUACCAAAAGAGUGUAGAAUCCGGUGUCGUUGAACAGGACCCGCUUUUGCAUUUCUGUGCAGAUCUCUGGUGGGUUGUGAUUUUAGCUGAUCCAGCUUUGAAGGGCUCGGUUUCUUAGCAGCCAUAUGCGCAUGGUCAUUGUGUAUAAAUUUAUCAGAGGAAGAGAGAUAUAAUAUAACAGGACUGUUGCUGUGAUAAAGCUUGUAAAAUGUCCUUCCGUAGCAUAGUUCGUGAUGUGAGGGAUGGCUUUGGGAGUUUAUCUAGACGGGGUUUUGAAGUGAGGCUGACUGGCCAUCAUAGAGGAAAGUCUCAAGGUUCAUUACAUGACUUGCAUGACCAACCUCUUGUGAUUCAGAACAGUCGUUGGGCUAGUCUACCUCCGGAGCUUCUAUUUGACAUAAUCAAGAGAUUGGAGGAGAGUGAUAGCACUUGGCCUGCUAGAAAGCAUGUUGUUGCAUGUGCCGCUGUAUGCCGGUCUUGGAGAGCUAUGUGCAAAGAAAUUGUUAAGAGCCCCGAGUUCUGUGGGAAGCUGACUUUCCCAGUGUCUCUAAAGCAGCCUGGGUCACGUGAUGGAAUGAUCCAGUGUUUUAUUAAGAGGGAUAAAUCAAAGCUAACUUAUCACCUUUUUCUUUGUCUCAGCCCUGCAUUGCUGGUUGAAAAUGGGAAAUUCCUUCUCUCGGCAAAAAGAACUCGACGAACUACUUUCACAGAGUAUGUUAUCUCAAUGGAUGCUGACAAUAUCUCAAAAUCAAGCAGCACAUAUAUUGGAAAGUUGAGAUCGAAUUUUCUUGGCACAAAAUUCAUAAUAUAUGACACACAGCCGCCGUACACUGCUGCUAAUGUUCCGCCUCCUGGCAGAUCAAGUCGUAGAUUUUAUUCCAAAAGGGUCUCCCCGAAGGUCCCAACGGGAAGCUACAACAUAUCUCAAAUCAGUUAUGAACUAAAUGUGUUGGGAACCCGAGGCCCCCGAAGAAUGCACUGCCUUAUGCACUCAAUCCCAGUGUCAGCACUUGAUGUCGGUGGCAGUGUCCCUGGGCAACCAGAGCUUCUUCCACGCAGCCUUGAGGACUCCUUUCGGAGUAUCUCAUUAACCAAGUCUCUUGAGCACUCUGUUGAGUUCAGCAGCGCAAGAUUUUCUGAUAUUGUCGGGCCUCGUGGUGACGAUGAUGAGGAGGGCAAGACUCAACCCUUGGUUCUCAAAAACAAGCCCCCAAGAUGGCAUGAGCAGUUACAGUGUUGGUGCCUCAACUUCAGGGGCCGCGUAACUGUAGCCUCUGUUAAGAAUUUCCAGUUGAUUGCUGCUACACAGCCAGCAGCUGGUGCACCCACUCCAUCUCAGCCAGCCCCAUCAGAUCAUGAUAAAAUCAUUCUGCAAUUUGGCAAGGUUGGCAAAGAUAAGUUCACCAUGGAUUAUCGUUAUCCUUUAUCUGCAUUUCAGGCUUUUGCAAUCUGCCUGAGCAGCUUUGACACCAAAUUGGCUUGUGAAUAAAUGGCGACGUCCCAUGAAAAAGAACAUAUGUUAUCUUUUUCCUUUUUGUUGCCAUCUUUGACGCCAAAUAGGAAGGAUAGGAAAUUGUUGUUUGUGUUAUUCUCUGUUGUUGCAGAACUUAAUUGUAAAUGUGGCCCUGAUAACAGCAUUCACAGCAUUGUAAGACUGCAUUCUUGUACCCUUUGUCUCCACCAUCAGUCAAUUCAUAAAUUCAGCCUCAUCUGA